AUGUCUGUCAAAUGGCGGAUCCUACCAGACCAACCCACUAAUUCACUGUAUAAAAACUGGAUUGCACUCAUACCAACCCUUGUUGAUCCGGUACUCCAGUACUUUGGACAAAUGCAGGGCAAAGCACUGGAAAAUAUACGUCCAGUCAUAUCUGCAUGCGGGAGCCUUUGUGUCCUCAUCCACCAUGGUCUAUUCCCAACCGCGCCUUCACAGCCUCAGAUGGCUGUGUCUGUUGACUUGCUUUCAUUCUACUGCACAUUGUUUGAGCACUCAUGUGACGCGAUUAACGCACUCGCAUCAGCGCUCAAAAAUUACUAUUCCUGGUGGGGUUACCAGAUGACUGAUGCCCAGGGCAAAGUUAUACAGGACCCCUUCCGCCGAGGCCCCGGCUAUGCCAUCCAAUGGUAUGACAUCCUGCAAGUUGAAGUUGAGCGCCAAGUCGAGAUGGUUGUUCAACAACAUUUCCAAAAUUCGCCUUCACUCACUCAAUGCACACCUCUUCUAGUGCAACGGUGUCCUGCUUGCUUUGCAGGUAUACUCCAUGGUAGAUCCACAGAUGAAGGAGGUGACAUCCACGUUGCAAUGGAUGGUAAUUUCCAUCACUGUCAUCGAUGUGCUGCUGGAGACUGUCCAAAUUUCUAUGACCCUACCUAUUUUCUCCCCAAAAGCUUUGUUGACGCAAUUGGGCACCAUAUUGACACUCAAUGUAAGCGACCUGUGAAGUCUCACGUGCCUCUUGUCCCCAACGAAGCCAUUGACCAAUGCAAGAAUGCUUACGAGGCUGCUGAUGGCAAAAAACAGAAAGCCGCUAUGGAUAGCUUUGAUGACACUGGAAUCAUGGCCCUUAUCUGUUGUCAUGACAUCCCAUUAUUUUUUGCCAAUAUAGACUCACCUGGAGAACAGCAGAAGUAUUCAGUAGCUUUACUUCACCACUUCUUUUCAUUUCUUCUGCCUGAAGCUACUGUCAUAGCCCUUUAUGAUAUUGGCUGUGUUUUGGCACGAACACUCUCCAAGUAUGACAUUCUUCCCAUAAGUAUCACCUCACACCUUCGAUUUGCAACCACUGCAAUGCACGCAUAUGGCCACAAGUGGGCUUGCCAGCUCAUAUAUAAUCCACAAAUAUGUGUGGGUCUUGGCUUAUCCGAUGGCGAAGGGACUGAACGCCUUUGGUCUUGCUUAGUUCAAUUGAUAGGUGUUGAGCACACUUCUAGUCGCCAACACUGUUUAUGGCUAAUCGAUCGGCAAGCAGUGGCUAUAGCUUCAGAGAUGCGAAUUGACCUUGGCGACUGGAUCAAACGACGCCUCAGACGGGGCAUCAAGGAGCAAGGUUCGGCAGCCCAAGACGCGCUAGAUCGAUGUGGGGUCCCCAUUGAAGAAUUGCAGUCCGAGUGGUUGCAGCAAAGGCAUUCUCAGUUAUCUAUCCGUGCUCAUGCGCCCGCCCGCCUCAAGAAGGAGUUGGACACUGUCCUAGCUCUCCAGGCAGAUCUGGACACCUCAGACAAAGCAUUGCAAACUGCCAGGACGAUGUUGGAGAAAGAUAUGGCUUCAGAUGAUACUCCAGAGGCUCUCGAAAGUCUAGAGAGGGGACACGAUCGCCUGAUGAACAAGGUCGAGGCUCUUUACUCUUCAUUGAACGUUCAUGACAGGUUCCCUGAGCUUCAUGGCAUCAAUCUCGAAUUUGUUCGCAUCCUUCUAAUGGCACGCGAUCUCAAAAUGAACGUUCAUAAACAUGCGAUUGCAAGUUUCUUUGAGUGGGAUAAACUUGAUCGAGCAGUAGGUGGCAUCCAGCAAGUGUUAGGCACCAAGCUGCAUCAACAGACAUGUAAAGCAAUUUCAAAGUGUCAGCCUGCACUAAUGACCGCUAUCAGGAGAUUCAACUCCUACUGCGAGCGGCUCAAUUCAUUGUAUGAUACAUCCUGGGGGAUUCCACUGCCCGCACCCCUUCCCACCAAACUUGCGGAACUAUGUUCUGACCCAGGACUGAUGGAGGAUGUAUGGAUUACGCCAUCUCUUGGAGAGGUUCCACGAUGGUUAGACGACACAUCCAUAAGAGAUGGUAUUCGUGCACUGCUCAAGCAUGACCGGUGUCGAGAGGAGCAGGUUCAGCUGGGUGUGAGCCUUUCGCAGUUCCAUUGCAGCAACGGCAUGCCCAAUUUUAUCCGCCUUCAAACACGAUGGUCAAAUUGCUUAGCUUCUUCAGUACGGUUUACUAACAAAGUCAGCAAGGCAGUGGCCAUUGCGACCACCCUCUCGGGAGGCUCGCCAAACAUGAUGUUUCACUGGAUUAAUGCCAGCACGCUGGUAGUGCCUGAUUCUGUGGGUAGUGAUGAACUCCCUAUCGUUGAUCCUGACCAUUGCCCCCAAGGUGAGAUGGGGGCAUUGGAGUUAGAUGACAAUGACUCAACAAAUUAUGGGUGCAAAGUUAAUGCCAUGAUUUGCUGGAACCUUCCUGAUGUACAGCCAGACAUCCUUGACCCUGCUAAAAAUUUUGCACGAAUACGACCUUCACAUGAUGGAAUCCCUCGUCUACUUUUUGAGCCAAAAGACAUUGGUAUACUCAGUUCUCCUACUGCAUGCCUCAAUGAUAUAUGUAUCAACAAUUGCGCCAUUCUCCUGUGGUGCUCUCAGCUGAAUACUUCCACUACACAUUAUUGGGAAAAAGACAUCUGGUUGUCGACCAAAGAACUUUACCUUUUUGAUAGCAUGGGUGAUAGGAUGCCUUGGCAAAGUGACGUCAAACAUAUAAUAAGACUGAUUGCUCGGUUCAUUGCAAUUGCGCGUCAACAUGGCCAUCAUGUUCAUAUUGAUCUCGAAGGGUGGGUGGCUCGACCAUUGAAUAUCAAAUGUCUUCAGAAUAAUGACUUUGAUUGUGGCCUAUGGAUAUUGGCUGCAAUAUUUGCCGUUGUACGUGGCAGCCAUAUAACAGGCCUACAUGAGCGGGACAUGGACAAUCUGCGAUGGCUAUAUGCAGACUAUGAUUCUUGCAUUACCAGCUCUCUCAAGUUACAGUAG